AUGGAACAUGGUGUUAAGUAUGAACAUUUAUUUGCAAAAGACUCUCUAGUUACGGAAUCAUAUAGGAUUACUCAUAAGUACUUUAGAAGUUAUUCGUAUCCUUUUCACAUAAUUAUUAAUGAAACGUUGGAUUACUCAGAUAUAAAUGUACAAAAAUCGAUAGAAACUUUGUUGAAAAAAUUCGAGAAACAUCCAAAUAUUGCCGGAAAAGAAUUCACUGUGUCUUGGUUAAAAUUCUACAAAGAAUUUCAGAAAAGUCCUGUAGCAAAAUUUUCAUUACAAGGCUACAAUAUGUCAAACAAGCAGGACUUUAAUGAUGGACUUCGCGACGUGUUCUUUAAUAUCCGAGCUGCUCAAUCACUGUCUAAUGACGUCGUCUUUAACAGCAACAAAACUGACAUUUUAUUCAGUAGAUUUUUUAUUAUGGGAAAAAACUUGAAUUCUUCUCACACAGAAGGGGAUACAUUAAGAGAUUUAUUGAAAAUUGCUGACGAAUCCGACAUUCCUGUACUUGUGCAUUGUGCUUUGUCAGGUCUUAUCGAGCAAGGAAUCAUCAUCGGAGAAAUGAUUCAACAAUUAUUUUGGAUUACUGCUAUACUGAUAACAUCAGUUUUUCUUUUGUUUGUACCGAAUUUAUUAGUCGAAAUUACUGUUGCAAUAUCUGCCGUAUCUGCAAUGGUAGAAACAUUAGGUUAUAUGUCGUUUUGGGGAGUCAACUUGGAUAUUAUAUCAAUGAUGAGUCUUAUUCUGUGUGUGAGAUUCAGCUUGAAUUAUCCUGCUCAUAUUUUGUAUGCUUAUGUCAUCUCACAAUGCAAAACACCAAACGAAAAACUAAAAGAUUCUCUGUAUCGUAUUGGUUUUCCAAUACUUCAAGGAUCUUUGACCACAGGAAUAGGUAUAUUGAUUUUAUAUUCUGAUGUAUAUUUUCUUUGCACAUUUGCGAAAAUUGUCAUACUUGUUGCUAUGGAAACGGCUUUUCAUGCUUUGCUUUUUAUUCCUGUUAUUCUUUCUAUCAUUUAUGCUAUUUUCAAUAAUUGA